CGGAGGGCGUGCGCUGCCGGAGUGCGGGUGCCGGGAGGCGGUGGCCGCGCGAGGGACCCCGGAUCCCCGACCCGGGCGGGUGGCUGCGCCCGGGCGGCACGGCCAGCGUCCUUAUUUCUCCUGACUUCUUCCUUCUCCCUGGAGUAGCCGCAAUGAGCACCAAGGCCAAUGUAGAUGUGCUUCCGGAAUAUGAGAAGAGUCAGAUCAAGAGAGCUCUGGAGCUGGGGACAGUGAUGACUGUGUUCAGCUCCCGCAAGUCCACCCCCGAGCGGCGUACUGUCCAGGUGAUCAUGGAGACUCGGCAGGUGGCCUGGAGCAAGACUGCAGACAAGAUCGAGGGCUUCUUGGAUAUCAUGGAAAUAAAGGAAAUCCGCCCGGGGAAGAAUGCCAAGGAUUUUGAGCGGGCAAAAGCCGUGCGCCAGAAGGAGGACUGCUGCUUCACCAUCCUGUAUGGCACCCACUUCGUCCUCAGCACACUCAGCUUGGCAACUGACUCUAAAGAGGACGCCGUUAAAUGGCUCUCUGGCUUGAAAAUCUUACACCAAGAAGCGAUGGCGGCGUCUACUCCCACCAUGAUCGAGAGUUGGCUGAGGAAGCAGAUUUAUUCUGUAGAUCAAACCAGAAGAAACAGCAUCAGCCUCCGAGAGCUGAAGGCCGUCUUGCCCCUGGUCAACUUCAAAGUGAGCAGUGCCAAGUUCCUCAAAGAUAAGUUUGUGGAAAUCGGUGCACACAAAGAUGAGCUCAACUUUGAACAGUUUCAUCUCUUCUAUAAAAAACUUAUGUUUGAGCAGCAAAAAUCGAUACUGGACGAGUUCAAAAAGGACUCCUCUGUGUUCAUCCUGGGGAACACGGACCGGCCGGAUGCCUCUGUGGUGUACCUGCAGGACUUCCAGAGGUUUCUCUUACAUGAGCAGCAGGAGCUUUGGGCACAGGACAUAAGCAAAGUCCGGGAGAGGAUGACCAAGUUCAUUGACGACACAAUGAGGGAAACAGCAGAGCCCUUCUUGUUUGUGGACGAGUUCCUCACAUACCUGUUUUCACGAGAGAACAGCAUCUGGGAUGAGAAGUAUGACUCGGUGGACAUGCAGGAGAUGAACAACCCCCUGUCACAUUACUGGAUCUCCUCGUCCCACAACACGUACCUCACGGGUGAUCAGUUGCGCAGCGAGUCAUCCACAGAAGCAUACAUCCGCUGUUUGCGUCUGGGCUGCCGUUGCAUUGAGUUGGACUGCUGGGACGGGCCGGACGGGAAGCCCAUCAUCUACCACGGCUGGACACGGACCACCAAGAUCAAGUUUGAUGAUGUUGUGCAGGCCAUCAGAGACCAUGCCUUUGUCGCCUCCAGCUUCCCGGUGAUCCUGUCCAUCGAGGAGCACUGUAGUGUGGAGCAGCAGCGUCACAUGGCCAAGGUGUUCAAGGAGGUGUUUGGUGACCUGCUGCUGACAAAGCCCACGGAGGCCAGUGCUGACCAGCUGCCCUCACCCAGCCAGCUGCGGGAGAAGGUCAUCAUCAAGCAUAAGAAGCUGGGCCCCCGAGGUGAUGUCGAUGUCAACAUGGAGGACAAGAAAGAUGAGCACAAGCAACAGGGCGAGCUGUACAUGUGGGACCCCAUUGACCAGAAAUGGACUCGGCACUACUGUGCAGUUGCUGAUGCCAAGCUGUCCUUCAGUGAUGACAUAGAACAGACUGUGGAGGAGGAGCCACCCCAGGAUACUCCUCCCACGGAGCUGCAUUUUGGGGAGAAAUGGUUCCACAAGAAGGUAGAAAAGCGAACAAGUGCUGAAAAGCUGCUGCAGGAAUACUGUGCGGAGACGGGAGCCAAGGAUGGCACCUUCCUCGUGCGGGAGAGCGAGACCUUCCCCAAUGACUACACCCUGUCCUUCUGGCGCUCGGGCCGCGUGCAGCACUGCCGCAUCCGCUCCACCAUGGAGGGUGGAGUCAUGAAGUACUAUCUGACUGACAACCUGACGUUCAGCAGCAUCUACGCCCUCAUCCAGCACUACCGUGAGACGCACCUGCGCUGUGCAGAGUUCGAACUGAGGCUCACCGACCCCGUGCCCAACCCCAACCCGCACGAGUCCAAGCCGUGGUACUACGACAGGCUGAGCCGUGGAGAAGCAGAAGACAUGCUGAUGAGGGUUCCACGAGACGGGGCUUUCCUCAUCCGCAGGCGGGAAGAAGGGAUGGAUUCCUACGCCAUCACCUUCAGGGCCAGGGGCAAGGUGAAGCACUGUCGAAUCAACCGGGACGGCCGGCACUUUGUGCUGGGGACCUCCGCCUACUUCGAGAGCCUGGUGGAGCUCGUCAGCUACUACGAGAAGCACGCGCUCUACCGCAAGAUGAGGCUGCGUUACCCCGUGACGCCCGAGCUCCUGGAGCGCUACAACAUGGAAAGAGACAUAAACUCCCUCUACGACGUCAGCAGGAUGUACGUGGAUCCGAGUGAAAUCAAUCCUUCCAUGCCUCAGAGGACCGUGAAAGCUCUGUACGACUACAAAGCCAAGCGCAGCGAUGAGCUGACCUUCUGCCGCGGUGCCCUCAUCCACAAUGUCUCUAAGGAGCCCGGGGGCUGGUGGAAAGGGGACUACGGGACCCGGCUCCAGCAGUAUUUCCCGUCCAACUACGUCGAGGACAUUUCAACAGUCGAUGUGGAGGAGCUGGAGAAGCAGAUUAUCGAAGACAACCCCCUGGGGUCUCUCUGCCGGGGGAUUUUGGACCUCAAUACCUACAAUGUCGUGAAAGCCCCACACGGGAAAAACCAGAAGCCUUUCGUUUUCGUCCUGGAGCCCAAGAAGCAGGGCGACCCUCCAGUGGAGUUUGCCACGGACAGCGUGGAGGAGCUCUUUGAGUGGUUCCACAGCAUUCGGGAGAUCACCUGGAAGAUCGACACCAAGGAGAACAACAUGAAGUACUGGGAGAAGAACCAGUCGAUUGCCAUUGAGCUCUCUGACUUGGUUGUCUACUGCAAGCCAACCAGCAAAACCAAGGACAACCUGGAAAACCCGGACUUCCGAGAGAUCCGCUCCUUCGUAGAAACGAAGGCUGACAGCAUCAUCAGACAGAAGCCCGUCGAUCUCCUGAGGUACAACCAGAAGGGCCUGACCCGCGUCUACCCGAAGGGACAGAGAGUCGACUCUUCAAACUACGACCCCUUCCGCCUGUGGCUGUGCGGCUCCCAGAUGGUGGCACUCAAUUUCCAGACCCCAGACAAAUACAUGCAGAUGAACCACGCGCUGUUUUCGCUCAAUGGGCGGACGGGCUACGUCCUCCAGCCUGAGAGCAUGCGCGGAGAGAAGUAUGACCCCAUGCCCCCUGAGUCACAGAGGAAGAUCCUAAUGACACUCACAGUCAAGGUACUUGGUGCUCGCCAUCUCCCCAAACCUGGACGAAGUAUUGCUUGUCCCUUUGUCGAGGUGGAAAUCUGUGGAGCUGAGUAUGACAACAACAAGUUUAAGACAACAGUUGUGAAUGAUAACGGCCUAAGCCCUGUCUGGGCUGCAACGCAGGAGAAGGUGACGUUUGAAAUUUAUGACCCCAACCUCGCAUUUCUGCGCUUUGUGGUCUAUGAGGAAGAUAUGUUCAGUGACCCUAACUUCCUGGCUCAUGCCACAUAUCCCAUUAAAGGCAUCAAAUCAGGGUUUAGAUCAGUUCCUCUGAAGAAUGGGCACAGUGAAGACAUUGAACUGGCUUCCCUCCUGGUUUUCUGUGAGAUGCGGCCAGUCCUGGAGAGUGAAGAGGAACUUUACUCCUCCUGUCGCCAGCUGCGGAGGCGACAAGAGGAGCUGAACAACCAGCUCUUCCUGUAUGACACGCACCAGAACCUGCGCAACGCCAACCGAGACGCCCUGGUUAAGGAGUUCACCGUCAAUGAGAACCAGCUCCAGCUGUACCAGGAGAAGUGCAACCGGAGGUUGAGAGAGAAGAGAGUCAGCAACAGCAAGUUUUAUUCAUAGAAGCCCUGGCACAUGUUUAAGGACCAUGUGUGUGGGUGUGUGUUUGUGUUUAGGAGAACGUGCUAUUCAGCCCCUGGGAAGAGGCCAGUCUGUGACACUGUACUCUCUUUGAGCUGCCAUCACAGUGACAUUUCUGGAGAAGCCCCAAUGGGCAAGAGUCAGGAUGAUUUCCUGUUUCUUUUUUACCUUGGACAACUUUUCUUAAAUUCUUGAGAGAGGGCUUCUAAAAUGUGCUCCUCAUGUUUGGGCUCCAUGUUCCCACCCUCACUGAAUAAAAGCCACGACAGCCU